GAAGUGUACCAAUUAUUUUAUUGAAGUUUGGACCUAUAUAGAGCAUGCAUAGAUAUAAUAAUAAAGCAUUGUGUGAGGAAAUAAUAUUAAUGUUAUGGAAGUAAAGGUGAAGGAGAGGAGUCUAGUGAAGCCCCUUGAGAAUGGGCUUUGUCGGCCAAUUAGUAUUCCAUUAUCCAACUUAGACUUAUUAUAUGAAGAAGUGAGAAAGGGCAGCAAGAGCACAGGCCUCUAUUUCUAUAAUAACCCUAAUCAAGAAGUUCCAACAUCUACUCACAACUUCUUUGACUCAUCUCUCCUCAAAAAUUCUCUUGCUGAGGUUCUCAAUCUAUUUUAUCCUGUUGCAGGCCGUCUCGGCCAUGACCACAACCAUCGUCUUCAGAUUAACUGUAAUGACGAUGGUGUGUUGUUUGUUGUGGCCGAGACCAGCUCUCACAUCCACGAGCUUGGAGAUUUUACUUCCUCGUCAGAUCUCUCCAAGCUCAGUCCUCCAGCCUCAGACUAUUACUCUACCGAAAUUUCUUCAAUCCCUUUGUUGGCCUUACAGGUUACUUACUUUGGAUGUGGUGGAGUGUGUCUAAGUGUGGGAGGAGCACAUGUUGUAAUGGAUGGAAAUUCAGCUUUCAAUUUCGUAAAUGCAUGGUCUCAAAUUACUCGAGCCAAACCCACCAUUACAACUCCACCAAUUUUCGAUAGGACUUUACUCUCUCCUAGAAAUCCACCACAAAUAUUGUUUGACCACACUAAUGAUGGAUAUCGACUCCUUAAUCAACCCAAUCAAGACAACAAUCAUGGUCUUAAUAAUAAUAACCAAAACUUCAAAGUGAUUGUAGUCAAAAUCACUAAGGAUCAACUCAACGCUUUGAAACUCAAAGCUAAUAAUAAUUUCAGCACAUUUUCAAUUUUGGCUGGCCUUAUAUGGAAAUGCACGUGCAUGGCACGUGAACUUCCUAAAGAUGAAGAGACUAAAUUAGGCUUUUCUUCUAAUGGAAGGUCCAAACUUAAACCACCACUUCCACUUGGUUAUUUUGGCAAUGUCGUUUUUAGAAAUACGACAAUGGCUUUGGCUGGUGAUAUUCAAUCCAAACCCUUUUGGUAUGCAUCUAAUCUUAUUCAUCAAACUUUGAAAGUGAAUUUGGAUAAUGAUUAUCUGAGAUCUGUAAUUGACUUUUUGAAAGUUCAUCCCAAUACUAGACGUAGGUUUGAAUUUGGAUCUCCAAACCUUGAUAUUAAUAGUUGGUCUAAAUUUUCGAUUUAUGAUGCUGAUUUUGGGUGGGGUCCACCUUUCUUGGCACAUUGUGGAGCUAUAUCUAAUGAGGGGAGAUCCUGGAUAUUUGAUAACAAUAAUGGAGACAUAUCAGUAUAUAUAUCUCUUCACUCUGAUCAUGUGGAAAAAUUUAAUAGUUAUUUUAAGUGUGUGGUGAAUCAAAUUUGUGACUAAAAAUGUUAUUAAUUAGUCUGUUUCGGCUAAUUAUUAUUAUUCACCUAAUUAGAAUUUGUAUUGUGUGUUUGUCUUAAUGUUUUGUUUUUGCAUUUUUUUUUUUAUUUCUCAAAGUGUGGGUGUGUGUUACUAAAUAUUUUGUAUUGUAUUUGUUUCUAGUUGAUAUGUUCUUUCAAAUAUUUAUAAUAAAGGCAUGCGUGCAAAAUUCUGCAAGGUAA